AUUCAUUUACAAAAUAAUAAGCUAAGUUAUUUUUCAGAGUGCUGUGCAUAAAAAUAUGAUUUUUUUAUUAUUAGCAUGUUAGAAUUUAAUUUGAGUAUGAAGUGAUAGUUUUAUUUGGAGAACUAAGAGAAAAAAAUUGAUUUAAGACGUAUUAUAUAUAUAAAUAUAAAGAAUUCUACGAAGUAUGUCUAUAAAUUUUCAGUUUUUAUCAUGAUAAAUUCUAAAACGGUUGAAUUUAUUUUAAAAAUAUGGUGACCAAAAUCAAGGUUAAGGUAGGUAGGUAAUCGUCGUCCUUCGCAGAACAACCCAGAAGGGCAGGAAUAGUUUCUUCUCUUUAUUAUCUAUAUCAGAAAAGAGCGGACGGUUUCUUCUCUACCAUGCAAUACAGCCCGUACCUGAAAAACCGGAGCUUUUUCCUUGAAUCCAUACUUUGGUUUCUGGAGAGAGCGAGCAGUCAUACAAAGAAGAAUCUUCCCAUUACACUUGCAUCCCACUUCUAAAAACUCCAGCUUUGUUAGGAAGAUUCAAUUCUCCUUCUCUUAUCAUAAUUUCCGUCGAAGCUCACCUUUCUGGUAAAAAUACAUGUUUUUGUUAAGGUUUUGAUCCCUUGUCCAUGGAUCUUGAGGGCGGGACUCACUUGAACACCUUUAAGAGAGAAUCAUGGCGUACGGUUCUCACGCUCGCGUACCAGAGCCUUGGCGUGGUUUACGGCGACCUGAGCACUUCCCCUCUUUACGUCUACAAGAGUACCUUCGCGGAAGAUAUUAAGCAUUCUGAGACAAAUGAAGAGAUCUAUGGAGUUUUCUCCUUUGUGUUUUGGACUUUAACUCUCAUUCCUCUCCUAAAAUACGUCUUCAUAGUCCUCAGAGCCAACGACAAUGGCGAAGGAGGGACCUUUGCUCUCUACUCUCUUCUUUGCCGGCACGCCCGAGUUGGGUUUCUUCCAAAUGGUCAGCUUGCAGACGAGGAACUCUCAGCUUACAAGAAGACUGACAGUCUGAGUCGCAGCGGCGAAGAGUCGAUUGAUGGAGGGGCCGGCAGCGGUGGCCGUCCAGCCGCGGCCCCGUUGAAAGUCAAGAGAUUGCUGGAGAAACACCAGGUGCUCCAGCGACUUCUCCUGAUUCUUGCUUUAAUUGGGACUUGCAUGGUUAUUGGUGAUGGUGUAUUCACCCCUGCACUUUCUGUUUUUUCGGCUAUCUCUGGGCUGGAACUUUCAAUGGCAAAGGAGCAUCAUAAAUAUGUCGAGGUUCCUAUUGCUUGUGUCAUAUUGAUUUGCUUGUUUGCACUACAACAUUUUGGUACUCACCGAGUAGGAUUCCUAUUUGCACCAAUUGUUAUAACAUGGCUCUUAUCUAUCAGCAUGAUCGGUAUCUAUAAUAUUUUCUAUUGGAAUCCAAAGAUAUAUCAAGCAUUGUCUCCUUACUACAUGUAUAAGUUUUUGAAGAAGACACAAAAGGGUGGAUGGAUGUCCUUGGGUGGAAUCCUAUUAUGCAUUACAGGUUCUGAGGCAAUGUUUGCAGAUUUGGGACAUUUCUCUCAGUUUUCUAUAAAUAUUGCUUUUACCUUUGUGGUUUAUCCAUCAUUGAUUCUAGCUUAUAUGGGGCAAGCUGCACAUCUAUCCCAGCACCAUUUUAAUGAAAAUGAUUAUCGAAUUGGAUUCUAUGUAUCGGUACCAGAGAAAUUAAGGUGGCCUGUUCUGGGUAUAGCUAUACUUGCUGCUGUGGUAGGAAGCCAAGCUGUUAUUACUGGUACUUUUUCAAUAAUAAAACAAUGUUCUGCUUUGGGAUGCUUUCCUAGAGUGAAGAUAAUACACACAUCACCCAAAUUCUAUGGGCAAGUAUACAUCCCGGAUAUCAACUGGAUUUUGAUGAUAUUAUGUUUGGCCAUUACUAUUGGUUUCAGAGAUACGAAGCGAAUGGGAAAUGCCUCAGGUCUUGCAGUUAUAACCGUCAUGCUUGUCACCACCUGCCUGAUGUCCCUUGUAAUUGUUCUCUGCUGGCGAAGGAGUAUUUUCUUGGCUUUAUGCUUCAUCUUCUUCUUUGGGUCGAUCGAGGCCCUUUACUUCUCUGCUUCCCUAAUUAAAUUUCUUGAGGGAGCUUGGGUACCUGUCAUCCUCUCAUUUGUAUUUAUGAUCAUCAUGUAUGUGUGGCACUAUGGUACCCUCAAGAAGUACGAAUUCGAUGUCCAGAACAAGAUCUCGAUCAAUUGGCUCCUAAGUCUUGGCCCAACACUCGGGCUUGUACGUGUUCGAGGCGUUGGUCUUAUUCAUACUGAGCUAGUUUCUGGAAUACCUGCUAUAUUCUCUCACUUUGUCACCAACCUCCCUGCAUUCCAUGAGGCAUCAUUGUUUCCGUUCAUCUCCUUAAUGCACCAGGUUGUCGUCUUCCUCUGCAUCAAAUCCGUGCCAGUGCCGCAUGUUCAACCGGAAGAACGGUUUUUGGUCGGCCGGAUUGGCCCAAAAGAAUACCGUUUCUACCGUUGCAUUGCCCGCUAUGGCUAUCAUGACAUCCACAAAGAUGACAUUGAGUUUGAAAAGGACCUUAUGUGCAGCAUUGCAGCUUUCAUCCAGUCCAAUGGUUCCUCAACUGAGAUCAACAAUCUCUCAGAAGAAUCAUCUAAGGAGGAUGAGAAAAUGGCGGUGGUCGGCAUCCGGCAUUGCCUUCGGGAGGUGGAGGAGAAUGUCGAGCAUGAGAGCGAGAACUCCGACGACUUUCCCAAGCAUCGAGAAAUACAAUCUCCGAUCAUGGUGAGAAAAAAGGUGAGGUUUGUGCUGCCUGAGAGCCCAAAGAUGGACACAACUGUGCGAGAUGAGCUUCGAGACCUGAUGGAAGCAAGGGAGUCUGGCUUAGCCUUCAUCUUGGGAAACUCUUACAUGAAAGCAAAGGGAGGUUCUAGUUUCUUGAAGAAGCUUGCUCUUAAUUUGUAUGAUUUCUUAAGGAGGAACUCUAGGGGACCAUCUUAUGCUGUAAGUAUACCACAUGCUUCCACCCUUGAGGUUGGAAUGAACUAUCUUGUUUGAGCAGGUCUUACAGAGCAACCAUGGUUUUUAAUCUUUGUUUCUUUUUGGAUUUCGUUCCUUUUUGUUUUUGUGUAUAAAAUUAGUUUUGGGAGUUCUCUUGAAUUUUUGGUGCAGCUUAUGAAAUGAAUAUGACAAGUUUUUGUUUCAA